CAAUCAUCCGCUUCUCACAAACCCAUAAUCAAUCUCAUCUCAAUCAAUCUUCUUUUCUUCUCCUUCUCUCUGCCAAAAACUGUUAAUUAAUGGCUGCUUACAGAGAGCCCAUCAACGUGGGAGCCAAAUCGCCCGAGCCGGCUCAGCCGCACUCGCCCUGGCAUUCUCCGGUGCCGUACUUGUUCGGAGGUCUGGCUGCUAUGUUGGGUCUCAUCGCUUUCGCCCUCUUGAUUCUCGCCUGCUCCUACUGGAAGCUCUCCGGAUUCCUCGACGAAAGCCGCGAAGGUGAGCCGGACCUGGAAGCCGGUGACGCCAAGCUCGACGGAACCCAGAAACUGCCGUCUCCGGUGGCCUGCGAGCCCAAGUUCUUGGUGAUCAUGCCGGGAGAAGAGAAGCCGACUUGCUUGGCCACUCCGGCAUCCUCGAGCAGGUCUUCUUCCUUCGCCGGCGACAACACCAGCGUCACUUGUACCUGCAACUACAGCGACAGAUCGGUGGAAAUGAUCGCGACUCUGAAACAGGAGGGUCAGAGUGGAAGCCCGCCGUGAUCAGGCGCAGCCCGGAAACAGUUCGAACGAUCGGAACGGCUAAUUAUAACCUCCAGGAUUGAGAAGCUCGUGUAAAGUUUUUGGACCGUUGCUAGAAGUUACCGUAUCUAUACACGAGCUUGCAUGCGGCUGGCUUGCCCAGAUUGGUAAUUUGGGGGUUGACUGCUUUAAAAUUUUUCUCCUUUAAGAUGUAAAUUAUUCGGGAACGUUGUAAAUUUGACUGAGGUGGAAUGGAAAAAACUCACCGGUUUUUCACAAAACAUUAAUUUUGGUUUUGAUCAAAUGGAUUUUCUUAGUGGAUACGUGGAGGGGUGGGAUGUUGAGUGAUAUAAAGUUGAAGGUACGUGUAAAGCCAUGGGAGAAGAUGUCUGAUGCGGCGGGGAGAAACUGUGAGGAAGAAAGAGUUCAUUAAUAUGGCAACAAUUUACGAAGUUUGCUAUUAUAUUCUGUUUUUUUGUUGGGUUUCGAUCUGUUCCACAGGGAAGUGUCCGCCGUUAUUUGAAGCGGUGGCAUUCUGAUUCUUCGUCCCUCUUGAAGCCCUUUUAAGUAUAACUUGGAGACAAACUAAGAUGAGGAUAGACAAAUAAUAGCUGCAAGAUCUGUGACUAUGAUACGUGGGUCUCACAACAACAGAGUACAUAUUUUGCAUUUAUUAUAUAUCUUCUCAUAUAUAUAUAUAUAUAUAUAUAUAUAAGAGUACAGUGGGUUUUGUUUAUGUUGGUGGGGUGCAUCACCAGUAUGGAGAUGAUUGGUUAUGGCAUUGGUGGAGUAUUACGGUGCAAUGCAAUUCCUCGGAGACAAAAUAGUUGGUUAUCCAUUUGGAUUCUCUCUAAAUAUCAAAUUUAUCAUAUUUUUGAAGUUCUCACAUGUGUCUCCCCAAGUGAAUGUCAAUUAUGUUCCAAACACAAUCAUAUUAAAUAUAAACAUGUUACUUAUCUUGAUAGGAAUUUAAA